UUUAAUGUUUAACAAAGAUAUUUAUUGAUGAUUGAGGUAAUCAGCAGUACUGAACUAGAAGCAUGUAUUAUUUCUCACUGAUUCAAGCUUCAUGAUACUGACCAAAAUUAAAAUCAACCAGUAGUUUCUAGUGUAGACCUCAAUACCAGAUUUUAUCAAAAUCUACUAAAUAGUUUCGGAAAUGAAACAUGCAGAUGGGCACAACUUACCCAUUAUGCUUUCACUACAUCUAAAUAAUGGAAUAUAUUAAACUAGUGUACAGAAUACAUUUAUUAUUAAUUGCAGGAAUAUGUACCUCAUGGUCAUUAAAAAAGGAUAUUAGCAUAUUUUACUUCCAGAAUUCACUCUCUAUGGUGGACAGAAAAGUCUCAUAACAAAUUCAUAAUGGGACUCAUACAAUGAAUUUCAUAUUUCACAUAUCAUUUACUACAUAAUCAACUUAUUUAGGGCAUUAUAAAUUAUUGUAUGUUUUGAUUCCUAUGCUGCAACCUUUAACUCAGAAUCUAGCAAAUCAUUAUCUGCAUAGCAGAAAAACUUCUGUCAGUUGAAGCAAAUAAGGAAAUGUGUUUUAGUAUUCAGUUAUCUUUAAAAUGUUCUUACAUUAUUUCUUUGCUAUCUCAGACACUCCAAGAGAGACAGGUUGAGAAACUGCUAAUGUGCCUUGAUGACAGUCUCUAAUCCAUGUUUUGAACUUCUAAUGAGGUUUGACUUGUAAGAUAUGCACAGUGUAUAAAUUGUUCUUUUGGUUGUUUAUGAAGUAUUUUGCAGGAUACAGUGUCUGUCACACAUUCACUAUGUGGCUAGUAGUAGGCACUGCCCUGCUACUGGCUGCAGCUGUUUAUACAUUAGAAAAUAACAAUUUAGAUCGAAGAAUAGAUCCUUAUGCGUGUGCUAACCGAAACAUUCAUGAUCAUUUUAAUGAUCAUGGCUACCUGUUCACCUGGGAAGAUCGUAAGACAGAACACCUUGAGCUCAACUGGUCGGAAGCAAGGGAGUUUUGUCGAACUAGAUGCAUGGAAUUAGUUAGCUUAGAAACAAAGGCAGAAAAUGAAUUUGUAAAAGAACACAUUUAUAAAGGUCAUAUUCGAUACACCUGGACAAGUGGACACAAGUGUAAUUUUGCAGGAUGUGAUCGACAUGAUUUGAAACCAAUAAAUGUAUAUGGAUGGUUUUGGACUGGUUCUCUUCAAAAAAUGUCACCAACUACCAACAGGAUAGAUACAGACUGGAGUGAAUAUGGGGGCAUUGGACGUCCUCAGCCUGACAACCGUGAAUACAUCCAAGGUGGAGCUGAGGAAGAAUGCAUGGCUAUCCUCAAUGACUUCUAUGAUGAUGGAAUCAAAUGGCAUGAUGUUGCAUGUCAUCACCGGAAACCAUUUAUAUGUGAAGACAGUGAUGUUCUCCUGUAUUCUGCUCAUUUACCGAAUAAAGAACAACAGUAUGAAGUACCAAAUCCAUAUACACAGUAUCAAACAUCAACUACCACAAGAAAGACUCAGGUUGAGCAGGAGCCGCAACCUCCAGAUCAACAUGAUAUAAACAUGGGUUUAGCCAGCAAUGAAGAAAAUGGUGGUUUAAACCCUCAAAAGGAUAAUACAGACAAAGAUGCACAACAUAUGAGCUUGCUUAUUGAAUAGCAUGACAGACAUGAAAAGAGGUCACCUUAAUAAAUCAAAGCACCCAUUCUUCUUCAUGAUUCACCAACACAUUCAACAUUUGGGUCAUAAAAAAAGAAAUACAGGAAUUGAAAUGUAAGACCAAAAAUACAUUAUGGGAAAAAAGUGAAAAUCUAUUAGAUUCUUAUGGCAGCAAAUAUGAAGAUUAAUGUAUUUUUGGAUGUUGCACUAUGUAGCAUGGUAUAAGUUUACCGACAUUUCAGAGGUGCUUGCUGCCUCCAUCAUAAGAUGGAGCUCCUGUCCACAUUUCCUGCACUUGUGUCUUCCAAGAGGGCCAUGACAUUUAGCUGCUGUCUCAUUGUACCAUGGCCAGUUAGCAACCAUGUUACCAGCUUGCAUUCUUUCCUGUCCAGACCAACAGGCCCCUAGACAGUUUAUCCAAAGGCCUUCCAAUUAAAGGUUUUUAUAAUACUUGAUAGUUACAUGUUUUUUCUUCUCAGCUCCAGAAAAGAAUAAAAUUACUUUUUAAAAUAAA